AUGGAAGAACUAGAGCGAGGCCUGUUGAUGCAGCCAUGGGUGUGGCUGCAGCUUGCUGAGAACUCACUCUUGGCCAAGGCAUCUAUCACCAAGCAGGGUUAUGCCUUGCUGAUUUCGGAUCUUCAGCAGGUGUGGCAUGAACAGGCGGACACUUUAGUGGUCAGCCAGCGAGCCAAGGAGUUGAACAAGCGCCUAACUGCUCCCCCCUCAGCUUUUCUCCACCACCUGGAGGAGCUGCUUCUACCAUUGUUUAAGGAUUCUGCUCACCAGGAUGCUGCUGAUCCUAGCCACGCUACCUUCUCCUGUGAUCGCACAGCGGAGGCACUGAUUCUUCGGGUGCAGAGUGAGCUGUCUGGUCUUCCCUUCAACUGGCAGUUCCACUGUACCCCAGCUAGCUCUUCACUGGUCUCUCAGCAUUUAAUUCGUCCUCUGAUGGGCAUGAGCCUGGCAUUGCAAUGUCAUGGAAGGGAGCUAGCAGCAUUGCUUCGGAUGAAGGACCUAGAGAUCCAGGGCUACCAGGAGAGUGGGGCUGUGCUGAGCCGAAGUCGAUUGAAGACAGAGCCAUUUGAAGAAAAUUCUUUCUUGGAACAGUUUAUGGUAGAGAAAUUGCCAGAGGCAUGCACUGUUGGUGAUGGAAGGCCAUUUGCCACGAAUCUGCAGAGUCUGUAUGUGGCCGUCACCAAACAACAGAUCCAAGCAGGACAGAAGCAUCAAGGCCCUGGAGAGUCUCAGACAUCAUGCAGCACCUCCCCCCGAGGAGCUGAUAGUCGGCUUCUGAACCAGACAGAACAGCCAGCCUCUUCUACUCCAGCCCUCUCAGAGCCUGAAUCUGAGCCCAUGGGUGCUUCAGGCCCUAUGCAGAGACCUCAGCUGGCAAAGGCCAAGAGGAAGAAGCCACGAGGACUCUUCAGUUAACUUGCCAUGUCUCCACCACUGAGAACACAACAGCUUCCCUGCAUCAUCUGGAAAGGAGCCAGCAUGGCACAGUAUCCCUCGGAUGAGCUGCAAUCGGAGGCCCAAGUUUAUGUUGACAGGCCACCUGAAUGGGGACUUCCUCUCUGGCAAAAGGAGCUUGGCUCUGGUUCCAACUCACUAACACUGGCAUUCUAUACACGAGUGAAACCAGCUCCUCAUUCAAUGGCGUUCUUCCUGUAGAGCUCCUACCUAUGGUGAACUAAGAUAAAACAAGUCUGCAAAGAGCCACAUGCCCAAGACACCUGUCUGCUUUCACAAGGGUCCCUCACAGUCCCACAUUCCCCUUAGAAACCUACUUCUCACCUAACACAGAAUAAAGGGCGCUCAACUGCCCUGCUGUUGAGGCUGCCUGCUUGUGGUCUGUAACCUCUUCACACCUGCAGCCCCUUGUUAUCUCUGGACCACAUGGAGCUGUCAGUCCCUUCCUACAGUCAGCUUCUCUGAUAUGGCCUGAGGUUGGUCACAAUUAGAAACCUUGAUCUUAAGA